CAAAGAGCAAAGUCAAAUAUUGGAAUUUUAUUCAGAGUUUUGUUGUCUUUGAGUUCCAACAUGGUUGCCAUAGACUUCAUGUACACACUGCACAAAUACGAAUGAGAUUUGAGAGCGAUAACAUAUCACAGUAUAUAAUUUAUGAUAGAAAGAUAAAGAUCCUAAUCUAAAGAUUUAAUUUUUAAAAUACAAAACACAACAGUUAAGUAACUAAUGGCAAUAAGAGAAGCAUUUACAGAACAGUAGUUAUUUGGUGAGAUUUCAUACUCCAGGACUUAAACCAUUAAAAAAGGUAGAUUCUCUUCAAUUCACGCCAGUGGUUAUGAUUUGAGGAUUAUAAAGAGGACUGUUAUUCACGCCGACACAAAAUUUCUAUACUUACUACAUUCAGGAAACUACUAAAUACAAGUUCAUAUGCCAAAGGAUAUAAUCAUCAUUCGCAACGUUAAAGAAUAAUCGAUUCUGAUUUUGACUGAGAAUCGAGAAGGAUCAUGACCGUUAAUUGAUGAAAAAAUAUCAAAAGAUUCUUUUCAUUUACUUUUUGCAGCAAAUGCAAUAACCAAUUGAAGGAUUUGGCUUAUCGGGAAAAUGAGCACAACGGCUGACCCUAAUGCGACAGCCGAUGAUGGUGGUGGUGGACCGCCAAUUAACUAUUCAGAUGCAGAGCGUAUAGCUCUUGGAUUCUUCCUCAUCCUCAUUAUAUUUGUGACAUUCUUCGGGAACAUGUUGGUUGUCAUCGUCUUCUGUCUGUUUAAGAAUCUCAGAACAAUGACAAACUAUUUUGUGGUGUCAUUAGCCGUGGCGGACAUGCUCGUGGCAGCGUUGGUUAUGCCAUUUGGAGUUUAUCAGCAAGUGAACAAUACAUAUUGGCCACUUGGAGAUAUUGUUUGCAAACUGUCAAUAUGUUUUGAUGUCCUGUUCUCCACAUCUUCUAUACUUCAUUUAUCCUGUAUGGCAAUGGACCGUUACUUUGCUGUGUGCGAUCCGUUCCAUUACCAUGAAAGAAUUACGCAACAAUCAGUUGCUAUUAUGAUAGCUGUUUGCUGGACAUUGCCUUGUUUUAUAUCAUUCUUACCUAUACUCAUGGAAUGGAACCUCAUUGGCAUCGAGGACAUAUUUGCUGCGAUGGUGCCACCUGAUGGGACAGCCUGUAUGUUUAUCGUAAACAUACCAUAUGCAUAUGUUUGUUCCUGUAUUGCAUUUUACAUUCCAGUUAUAUUCAUGACAAUAGUUUACAUCAAAGUUUUUAUGGUAGCUCACAAACAGGCACGUCAAAUUCGUGCCAUGGAACUUGCAUCUGGUAUGGGCAAGGGGAAGGGACCUAAAUCAAGUGAAAAUAAAGCUGCUGUGACACUUGCUAUCAUUAUGGGUGCAUUUUCUAUAUGCUGGUUCCCAUUUUUCAUAAACAAUCUUGUUGGACCAGUUAUAAACUAUCAAACUACAUUUAUCGGGGACAUGAUUGUAUUAUGGCUCGGUUGGAUCAAUUCAACGUUGAAUCCAUUUCUAUACUAUGCAUUCAACUCAAAUUUUCGGAGAGCUUUCAAAUAUGUAUUGUGCUGCCAUAAAUGUAGAGGACAAACACCUCGGGAAUACCACACACAACAAACAGCCAUAUCUGAUCAGUAUUAAUGUCCCACAGCCAUCCAUCCUCUGCCAGAAUCAAUAGGACUACGUGCGUGUGACGCAUUAUCUCAUAUGGAAAGGACCUACUGUGCCAAAUUAAAAAGGAAUCGAAAACUACAUUUUACCGGAUUUCCGUCUGGCUGUAUUAUUUUUUGCGCGCACGUAACAAUGAGUUGUAUUAUUGCACGGAUACAAAUAUUGUGAG